AUGGACCGUGACGGGGAUUUAGAUCUCCGUCCACGACGACGACGCCAACGUGAUAUUCUAGGAGUGAACAAGUAAGACCUUUUUAUAAUAUUAUCCUAUAUUUAAGAUAUAUAGCAAUAUUACCUUAUGUUUCUGAAUAGACAAAAGUUCAUUUGCAAAUGACUUUACUCUAAACUAUUAUUUAGAUUCGACAGAGUCCCAAUCGAUGAACGUCUUCCACUGCCCUACGAAGUCAUUUUCAGACUACAGACAAGUCAAGAGGACAUUGAAGUUGCUCAACAUCAAUUUGAAGCGGUUAUGAGUGAAGUAAGUCGUAUUGUGUUAAGCGACGAGUGCCUUACAUUACCUUACAUCUUAAUAAAAUAUAACAAUAAUUAACAGAUCUCCUCAACAGUACGUUGUUUUAGCUACCCUUCGAACGGUACCAACUCGAAUCGAUCAUAAACCAAAACCUGGCCUCCUUCGAACGACCUUGGUUUUCCCAACGUGGCACAGCGUACCUACGUGGCAUACUAUCAGAACUACCUUGUCUGGCGGUAGCACUAAUCGACAGAUUCAUCAAACUCACUGGAAUCGGAUUGGAAAAUCAGAUUCGAUUGGAGAUUAUCAACCUAGAAGACUUGUUUAUGGUGCUCGAGAACCCAAGGUAAACCUAGUUUUUUUCUAUAUAAUUGGUUCUUUGAAUUCUUUUAAGUUGGUACAUAAACUUUAUUAAUUUGUUAUACCAAACUUUUAGAAUUGUGGACGAAUCAUUAGAAUGUUUAUCAUUUGGGAUUGGAAACAUGCCCAACUUGGGCACUUUCGUGGAGAGAAUGACAUACGAUUCGUUUGAGAACUCUUAUUCUAAUGCCAAGAUGAUCAACAACGAUCUCACGACAAUCAACAAUGUCGCAGGUAACGAUUUUCAUUUCAAACCCCUUCUUUUCAAAAACUAUCUUUGACAUAAAAAUAAGCUUUCUUAUUUCACAUAACACACCUAAACGUAAAUUACGUUAUAGGAAGCCACGUUCUAACGUGCUGGUGGGACACUAACUUCUUCAAGAAGCUUAUCCAUCUCAACUUUGCUGUUCCAAUCCAAACAAUCGACGAAUCUGGCCUAAAAUACGACGGUUACCGUCUCACACUUCCUUUUUCUUCAAUUCGAGAGAUAACCUUCUGUUCUGACUUCGACGAAGAGGGACAUCUUCUCCUCAUCAGAUACAAAGCUCCACCUCAACUAUGGAAAGCAAUGCCAAAGUGUCAACACAGCAAAAUCACAUUGAACUUGACAGACUGUAGAGAAUGGACGAGAGUCUUGGAAGUGGAAGACAACUCGACUGUGAAGUUGACAAAGACCCAGCUAGGGAAUUCGUGUAUUUUAGGUAUCAAAAUACCGAAAAAACCUCCAAUCCCAGCCGAUGCUGCUCCUUAUGAAAGACAAAUGAGUGAGACAAACGAACACCUCAUGAAUGUAAGUGAAUAUUAUAUAUAUAUGUCUUAUAAAAACAUAGCAAUAUCUUACACAACUCAAUAUCAUACUUUAGGACAUGAUUUACCGGAUAUACAACUUACUCGGCCGAAUCCAAUCGUUUGCCAAAGUCAAGAUUUACUUCGUUGGUGUCCAGAAAGUUGUCCUGUUGGAUGAACCGAAGAUCGUGCUGCCAAUCUACGACUCAUUCCGAGCAAAUUACGCUAUUCAUGUAAGUUUUGGUCCAGUUUAUGAUCUUCCCGUCGCUCAUUUCUGUGAAAAGACCGUGAAAAAUGGUAAAACCGAAAUGUGACGAAAUGUCACAAAACGAUCGCUUGGUCAAAACGAAAAUCAGUCGGCUUAUUUUGUAAAUUAGAGAUCAAAAUUAAUAUUUUAGGGACUGAUUGAACGAGGAUAUUCAGUGAUAGAUCAACUCUACACCUCCGAUUCUUCUUCUUCGUUUAUACCUCAAUUCUUUGAACAUGUAGCUGCUGCUCUCGAGGUAAUUUAACUUUUAUUUUUUUUAUUAAAGCAAUUGUUUUACUUGCAGGAGAAUCAAGAAGCUUGUGAAGAAAGCCUCGAAGAUCUUUUGGCAAUAUGUGACGAUCAACGGCUUGCUUCUUUACAUUUGUCCUUCUCAAAGCUAUAUCAACAAAAAGUAGCAUCCUCAAGUUCAGAUGAUUACUAUGUGUCUAGAAAGAUGGAUAUCCCGAAGAAUUGUGUUUUGGUCAGAAAGGUGAGUUUUGAGGAAGUGGUUUAUAUUAUAACUUUAGUUAUUUAUAAGUUUAACGUUUUUUAAUAUUUUAGGUAACAAUUUUGUUUUAGGUAAUUGUAACGCCGCUUCGACGGGUUUUCUUGCCACCGGAAGUCAUGAUGGCUAACCGUGUUGUGCGAAACUUUGGGGAAGAAGGUGCUAUGAGAUGUUCUUUUAGGGAUGACAAUGGGCAAAGACUGUCAUUAAGGAACUUCAUGAGGUUUGGCGACAAUUGCGUGACCGGACAUCCAAUUAUCGAGAAAUUGAUCAAGAAUACAUUGUUAAAGCCGUUUGAAAUUGGUGGAAGAACGUUUCGGUUUUUGGCUUGGUCAAACUCUCAGGUAGGAGGUAUUAUUCUCGCUGUUUUGAAAUGGUUUAAAAUGAAAGGUGACCGAUUUUAAAAAAUAUUUAAUAACAGAAACUUAAUCGAGGUGUUUUUGAAGUCAAUAAAACUAUUUGAUUUUAGAUGCGUGAUCACGGCUGCUACAUGUACGCUGACAUUUUCCAUGAGAAUGCUUUGACUGGAGCUACAGAAUUUAUUAGUGUAGACACAAUUAGGACGUGGAUGGGAGACUUUUCGAAGAUCAAAAGUGUGCCUAAGCUAAUGUCCAGAAUGGGUCAGUGUUUUACUCAAGCUCAGCCGACCAUUCAGCUGCGCAAGAGGUACUGGGAAGUUGUGAAUGACUACGAGAGUCGCUACGUCGAUCCUUUUAGCUACAAGAACUACGUUUUCUCUGAUGGUUGUGGGUUGAUCUCUUUGAAGUACGCCAAGAUUGUGGCCUCUAUUCUAGAAGUGUAUCCAGUUCCGUCUUGUUUUCAGGUAGGUUCAAACUAGCUUUAUUUAUUGAAUAACGUAAUUUUAAUUUUGGCUUAUGAAUUUUUUAAACUAUUACAAUUUAGGUACGAUUCAAAGGUUUUAAAGGGAUUUUGGUUUGCUGGCCGAACAGAUUAAAUGUUGAGAACGAAGCUGAAAUCGUGUUCCGUGAGAGUCAGAACAAGUUUGAAGAUGUGAAAGAGGAUGACAAGGCCACGUUGGAAGUAGUAAAGUACUCAAUGCCAUCUCCAGUUUGUCUCAACAGACCCUUGAUCAUGAUUUUGGAUCAAGUUCUUCAGAAACAGAACAUUAAGAGGCACAGAACUAUGAAGAGCAAGAUCAUUAAGAUUGUGGAGUCGGAAUUGGAUACACUUGGAGGUAAGAAAAAGUAAAACGUUAAAUAAUUAUUUUACAAUUCAAAAUAAUCAAAAACAUAGGACGUAGGAAGAUACAUAGGAAGAUACGACUUAAUUAAGCUUUUAUUAAUUUUGAAUAGUUUAUAUGUACUCGAGACGUUUUAGCCAUGUUGUAUUACGACACCAUUGCCUCAAGUCAGUUGACGAUGAGAACGGCGAGUAAAAUUGAUUUUGGAGCUCUACUGGAUUCUGGAGUUUGCUUGACAAACGAGCCGCUUUUCAGAAACAUGCUGAUCUCAAUCUACAAGUAUUGUAUCAUCCAGGACAUGCUCAAAGUAAGAAAUAUUUAAAAACAAUUUAGAUUUAUAUGUGUUUAUAAAACUUGUUUAUUUUUGUUUAUUUUCAGUUGAAAGUACCAGUGUCACCUUCAAUGGGCCGAACUAUGUACGGAGUUGUGGACGAACUGGGUUACCUGAAUCCUGGCCAAGUGUUCUUCCAGUACUCACCAAAUGUAACGUCAGCUUCCUUGACUUGUGUACCGUACGUUGGCGAAGUGCUGGUCACAAAGAACCCUUGCCACGUACCUGGGGAUGUUCGUAUGUUUGAAGCUGUUGACAUGAAGGAGUACCAUCACUUGAGAGAUGUCAUUGUAUUCCCUCGAAAUGGAGUCAGACCUCAUCCCGACGAGAUGGCUGGCAGUGAUCUUGAUGGAGAUGAGUAUGCUGUCUUCUUUGACCCAGACUUGUUCUUUGACUACAACGAAUCUCCAAUGCACUUUCCAAAGAAGACGGCUUUGGAAACUAUUAGUACUCCCACUGUAAGUUUUUAUAUUAGAGACAUAUAUAAUAACAUUUUUAUUAUAUUGUAAUUAAUCUACAGUUUGUGGCUGUGGUGACAUAAUGUUGACUUGGUUGUAGGCUGGUGACAUGGUCGACUUCUUUUUGAAAUAUUUGGAACAGGAUUCUAUCGGGCGUGUCUCGAAUGCUCAUUUGGUGGCGGCAGAUCAAUUGGGAAUAUUUCAGUAAGUUUAAAAUCGUUAAUAAGUAUUUUUACUGAGCUCAGUAAGUUUAUUGAGUUUUAAUUGGUUAUUUGUUUGUUUUCAGUCCAGUAUGUGAGCGUCUGGCUGCAAAAUGUUCGGAUGCUGUGGACUUUCCAAAGACAGGUGAGCCGGCUGAGCCACUUACUCAAGAAGAACGGUUUGAUGUGUUACCGGACUUUCUUGGAUGCAACAGUAGGAACGUGUAUCGUAGUAGGUGGUUAUUGGGAUCCUUGUACAGGUAAGUUAUCAUAUAUUGGAUUUUUAUGUUUUAUUUUAGUCAUUGAUGUUUUAUAUUAUAUGUGUAAAUAAUGCAUACGGAAAUUUUAUAUGGUCUACGUAAAAGGACUGUUUAUAGAAAGGUACAAGUACUGAAUGAGAUCUUGGACGCAAUUCAGCAAACAGAAGCUGAGAAGUUGUCAUUGGCUGAUGAUUAUCUGAUGGACGAGGAUUUGAGACAUACGGAGCCAGAACUGUUCCAAGAUGCCAUAUUUCACAGAAACGUGUAUUAUGCGAAGUUACAACAGAUUCUCGACGAGUACGGUAUUGAAAGUGAAGCCGAGAUGCUGAGUGGACAUGCCAUAUCAAUUAGAAGAGUCACAGAAAUGGAGAAACAGGACUAUUCUUUCUAUCACGCUGAUCGGCUGGUAAGGUUUAGUACAGUAUAGCUUGAAGAAUUGAAAUAUAUAUUGCUUGGAAGGUUUGAUAACAUACGUAUUAAGCUUUUUUUUUAAUUUUCAGGUGGAAAUGAGGGUAAAUCAGAUAACCGAGAACUUUCGCCACGAAUUCUUUGACCAGUUUGGCGGGGAGGAGAACUGUUUGGAGUUUGAGAUUGUCGGUUUAACUAGAUUUAUUGGACCAGCAAAAGCAUUGACUAAGGCCAAGUGUUGGUAUACUGUAUCUUAUGGUGCAGAAGCAAGUAACAUCAAGUUCAGAUCAUUCCCGUGGAUUGUGUGGGAUGUUGUUGUUCAUGCGCGCAAACAAGCGGUACGGUUUUUAACGUUUUUUAUGGAUAUUAUACUGAAAGUUUGCUGUAGAAUGUACUGAAAGAGUCAUGUUUUGUUGUAUCUUAGCAUGUAAUGUACGGUACUUUAGAGACUUGACGUUCUUGCCAGAACUGGAACUAUUGCACCGGUCUUCAACGUGGUAUUUCAAACUUUGACAGAGUUCAUUGUGAGUUACAGUAAGCGGUGCAAGGACGAUGUUCUGGCUUUUCAACAUGUUCUGAAUGGCAGUGCCAGCAAGCUACAGUGCUACGAGAUCUACGUGUCCGUUUACGGUGCUAAACUUGGUUUGUGCAUCUUUUUCUUGCACAACUGGCUGAACGUGGUAAUUACUUUUUAUUAUGGUGUUACAUAAUUGUAAAAUAUUUACUUUCAUUUACUUGUCUUUUUCAGAAUCUUAUUUACAAGAAGACUGGCUUCCAGCUGAAGCAUCUGAUUCUGAUGCUACUCAAGUUCGCUCUCGGAAUCCCGAUUGGAAACUUCACGAAUCGCAACAUUUAUUUGCAUCGGAAGAUCGAGACGAUGGAGGAAGCUCGUGCCUUGAGGCAGACUGACGAAGUCAUGAGGUUUGAGAACUGUGGUGGUCUGGUGUUGGAGUUUGUUCGAUUCCUUGGAAGCACGAGUGUCUCUUUGGCCGAGACCCUCGACUUCUCUUCUGAUGAAGGUCUGACCAACUUGACCGAAAAAGGCGACCGUGAACCUUGUACGUUGAAUAACGCUAAGGAUUGGAAAAGCCUCAGCGAGGUGAGCUUUUAAAUGUUUUUGCGAAUUAUAUUGAAAAUUAUUUUAAAAAGUGAAGUUAACAAAGAUAUUGUUUUAGCUGGCCUACCGGACUUUCCACUUCGUCUCGCUGACACGAAAUUUUGAAAUUUUUGGGAAACCAGCCAAGGAACUUCUGAAGUCCUGA